CGGUCAGUCGACCCAGCCAGACGUUAAUCGAUUGUUUUGACCGUUGAAUAAUACAUGCGUUGCACCGAAAAUAUCUACAAGUGGAAGCUCGCUGCCGAUUACUGAUACCUACGAUACGCCAAGAUGAGGACCUUCAACGUCCUGACAACUUUUCUUUUCACUGGGAUUUUGUGCCUGACCUUCGGACAAAGAAAUGAUUCAGCGGCGAGUAUCGUAUAUAGAAAUGCACUACAGGUCGUGAGAGAUGUGGUUAUGAGGGUGACUAAUAAAAGCAUGAUCAAAGACCUGGGACUAAUCAAAAACUUUACGAAGGAAGCGUGCUCAACGAAUGGUCAAACCUGGAAGGAAGAAGAAGCAACGAGCAGCCUAGAAAACGCCAAACAAUGUAUCCACGAUGUAUUGGAGUCGAAUAUGAAAACCGCCCACGAAACGUACAAAGGCAGUUCCCACCUGGACACUGCUAUUGAGCACUACGUAAGAAGUCAUUGUCCAAGCAGAAUAACUCUCGAAAGAUGUAUGAAAGAAUAUUCCAAGUCCUUCGAGCAUUGCGUGGAUUCGCAACAACUCAAAACUAUCGAGAUAAUCGGUAAAUUUUCAACAUCCACGCUCGAAUUCGUCUGCGAGAAUGACGCCAAGAUGUUUAAGGAUUUGUAUAUCAAUGAAGGCGAGAAAUGUUAUAAUUCGAUUAACGAUCCCGACAAAUGUUGGCCUGCACUGACUACCGGAAUCAAUACUUUAGAAACUUACAAUUUCACUCUGGUUUGGAAUGACGCAACAUGCUCGGAACUGAAAUCCGCCUACAAUUGCAUCAUCGAAAAGAUACCGAACUGUAAGAGCCAUCAGAUAACUGUAACUUUCGCGAGAGGUCUAUUCGACGUGUAUCUGGAAAACUUAGGCUGCAAGAAUUCAAGUAAUUCAUCGACUAAGCCAAUUCGGACAGACGCAUCCGGAAGACCAAUUGAAAAGGAAGAAGAAGAAAAAGAGAAAGAGGAGAAGCUGAAAAUGGGAGAAAAAAAAUCAACUAAUUCACAGACAUUACCAGUUAUUAGCAUCAGCGCUCUCUUCUCGACUACAAUCACCCUGACGAUCCGGUCAUGGAACGUUUAAAACUCUUAUUCAGAAAAAAAUAUAUUUCUAACACGCAACACAGUGUUUCGGCAAAGUAGCGAUGUAACGCUUCAAGUCGAAGUAUUGUAUCGUACUCCUUGAUCUUAUUUCACUCGCUAUUUAGAAUCGUCCUCAAACAUAUACAUACUUACUCACACUCUUAUUUUUAGUAUCAUCCAUGUAUUCUCUCGAUUGCGUCAAAGCUCAAUUGCCUUUUUGACCUCUAGCGAUACGGUUCGUAUGUGUGUGCAAAAAUACAGCAUAUCUUUCGUUCGUUAAUCAUCAAUUGUCUUCAAUCAUCAUCCCGAUACACUCACUCCUAUCCUCUACCACCAAUUCACGGACCCCACGUCAAUAGACCAGUAUCUAUCGCUAUCUCUCCAAAAACAUUGGUAUAAACGAUGUGUCGAUGACAUUUUCACUUUAGUAAAAAAGUACUACACAAUUCACUGUUUGCACUAUAAACAAGGAAUAGCUUGAUUUUCUUGGAUGUAUUUGCUAGAAUAUACGGUAUACAUAUUAUAUUGUAUGAGAGUAAGAGAAAUUCAAACAAGAGUGUAUGCCUCUUUCCGUAAUCCCCAUGUAGGUGUGUGUCGUGUGAAAAAAGAGAGAGAAACGCGGGCAUGAGAUCAGGUGUGUGCCGCGUACCUCACUUCUACUUCUACUAGCGUUAGAAAUCAUGUAUUACCGAUUGUGUCUCUAAAUUACUAUUUUUAUUCAUUAAAUAUUUCUCAAAAGUACUAGUGAUUAAU